AUGGCGAAUCGAGGCUACGAUGUUGUAGUAGAUGUUGAUGCAGAGGGCGACCUUGGGCACACCGACCUACAAGAAGAUCUCGAAUUCCACCCCUCCAACUUUGAAAAUGACCAGAGAACCGCCAAAGUCCAAGGCGACUCCGCCCCAUUCCUAGGCGGUUCGUCGCGGCGCCGCGACCGAUCCCCUGGCGGCACGCCGACCAAACACAACUGGUGGUCGAUACACUACUACGAGCGAUUCUUCGACGUCGACACAAACGAGGUCUUCCGCCGCUGCGUAGCCACGCUGUACCCGCGCAACAACUUCCUCGACGUGCUGGAAGGCAAUGCGGACCUGUACGGGCCCAUCUGGAUUGCGACUACGGUGGUAGUGAUCCUGUUUUUGACAGGCACUAUCUCGCAGUGGCUGUCGAACAAUGACGACAAGCACUUCGAGUAUGACUUUAGAUUGCUGUCUGGCGCGGCUGGUCUGAUCUACGGAUACACGGGUAUCCUGCCCAUUGCCCUUUGGGGCGCCCUGCGUUGGUUCGGUAGUUCGACGGCUGACCUUAUUGAGUGCUGGGCUCUGUAUGGAUACUCGAAUCUGGUGUGGAUUGCUGUUGCGCUGGUUAGCUGGAGUCCGUUGACUGCGCUUAACUGGGCGCUUGUUGGCGUUGGGUUUGCUUGGACUGUGUUCUUCCUUUUGCGGAACUUGUACCCGGUUUUGAAUGCUACUGAUGCUAAGGCUAGCAAGAUCUUGUUGAUCUUGGUUGUUGUGCUGCAUGCGGCUUUGGCUAUUGCUAUCAAAGUGCUUUUCUUUGCGCACGCGAGCCCCGUCUCGAAGAAGAACAAGGACAAGGACCACGAUGAUGACAAGGAUGACGGGAAGCGAGGCAUGAUGUUCAGGGCUUAA